GAAUACGAAUAUUCUUCAGACAUUUGAUUUCAAUUUUGCCAUCGUAUCAUCAAUAAUAUCAAUAUGAAUCAGGAAAUUCUCCUCACCGUUACCACCUUACAAGACUUUAUCACACAAUCAUUAAUAUCAGAUACCUCGCAAAUACGCAGCCUCACCAUCGCGAUUGACAACAAUAAAUUACCCCAAACCACUUCAAUACAGACCGAGAGCGAAAAUCGCAAUGCCACAGAAGGCACAAGACAAUUAUGGAGCCAACUAGAACGUUUCGCGAAUCUUCUCCCAGCCGUUUCGAAUCUUGCGACGUUCAGUCUCAACGUUAUUUCAAAGAGCAAGAAUGGUUUUUGGAUUCCCCGACCACUUAUCGCAAGGCUAAUCAUUGCUCUACCUCGAACAUGCAUCGCUAUUCAGAUCGACACACAAGGGCAGGAUCUCGGUGAACCGAAGUCUGCUCACCUUUGCCAUGCUAUUCGUACCAUAUUGCCACAACUGCAACAUAUGCGCCUAAGGGUUGGCACUAUAUGUAAAAACUUAUUUCGAACGGAAGCCGAGAUCAUUGAAGCACCAUACCUUGAAACAUUACUUAUUAACUGCCUCGGCAAAGGCGUUCAAGGCCACCAAGCCCGUCUCUGCAAUUCUUUCCAAGAAGAUCCAUAUUACUCUCAAUUAUUCCUUGGACAAGAAGCUGCUUCAGAUCUAGCACUCUCUAUACAAGCUCUUGUGCCACAUUGUCCACGACGCACACACAUAGCAUUGAUUGACUCUGGGAAUUGCGACGACGAGGAUCAAUCUGUUUAUGCUACUCUCAAUCGACGCAAUAUAAUGCGUAACACGAUCUACUCUAUGCCUUUCGUAACCAUAGCGCCUUUUCAGUCUGAUGGUGUUCUCCUGCGUACGCAAGACAAGGAUAUUAUAGCUGAUCUACCAGAACUACAAGCCUUUGCAGAAGAGGGAUUAUGGAAAGCUACAAGUCCUGAGGGGUUUAUGCUACCUGCAAAUUUAAUCGAAGACUGGGGUUAAAUUGCCGAUGAGCUGCCUCUAUUGGGUGUCAAUGAGUGGAAGGCCAAGUAUCCGAGGAAGUCAUGUUUGUUAUGGAUCAAUGAGCAGAAAACGGGACAAAAGUUGUUGGAGGCUGUGGAGCGGUUAGGAGUGGUUGAUGCGGUAAUUGUAAAAGAGGCCACGCCAGAGGGAUGGGAGAGAGUGGGUGAUGAUUUGUUUGCAAAGGAAUAAAUGGAAGUUGGUGGGUCAGUUGCAAUUUGAGCAAGGUUUCGUGGUUACGACCUAUAGUAGAUAUAAUAAUGAAACCAGCAAGUCGAGACCUCUGAGAUAUACAAAAUCUUACAUCCAAGGCUUAAGCUGCUAUAUUUUGUUCCGAAUUGUAAAGGCUCAAGGACUU